GCAAGCCGCAAACCUCCUGUGCUUUCCCAUCCGCCCAUCUUCCACCGCCGCCGCCGCCGCCGCCACAGGGCGGUCUCCCCUUCCUGGACCCGCCGCCGGAUGCUCCUCCGCCGCACCGCCGCCGCAGCAGCGCAGCGCUCCUCCUGGUUAUCCCCCUGGCGAACCAUCCUCCCGCACGUCGGCCCCGCCCGCCCUUAUAGCGCUACCACCUCCACCUCCUCUCCACACCGGCAACGGCGCAGCCGCUGCCGCACACCGCAGUUUACGGACGGUUCGCUUACUACCACCUCUGCGCUCCGACCGUUCCCGGACUACUCUCCUCCCCGCCCCGACUCGCCGGCCGACGAUGCCCUCGCGCGCCGUCUCGCCGCCGCGCUCCUCGCUUCGCCCAGCCCAGGCUCCCUCCCUCCUCUCCCCUUCAUUCCCCUCCUCCGCCCGCUGCACCUGCUCCUCGCACUCCCCCUGCUCGCCUCCCACCCCAACCUCACCAGCCUCCUGGUCCCGCUCCUCCUGCUCUUCCCCUCCCGACCUCACCCCCAUCCCCAACUCAUCCAAUGCUUCGCCAUUGCCGCCCAUCUCGCCGUGCGGGAACCCGGAACUGCGCGUGCUAUCCUUGUACGAGCUCUUCGUUUCCCAUCUCCUCAUCGGCAUUUCGUCGAGCAGUUCAUCUUCACAUACAAGGCCUUCUCGUCGGACCCCGCCUCCUUCGACCUCCUCCUCCUGUGCCUCCCCUCCGCCCAGCUGCUCCGCCGGCUCCGCCAGUACGGCCUAUCCCCAUCCCCAGAAUCCUGUAAUGCUGUGCUCUCCCGCCUUCCCCUUGAUGAAGCAAUUGCCUUGUUCCGAGAACUCCCCGACAAGAACGUCUGCUCCCACAAUAUACUCCUCAAGGCGCUCCUCAGUGCAGGCCGGCUCAAGGAUGCACGCCAACAUUUUGAUGAAAUGUCGUCACCGCCAGAUGUUGUGACGUACGGCACUAUGGUCCAUGGCUACUGCGAUCGUGGUGAGCUGGAGAAUGCGGUGAAGCUGUUGGAUGAAAUGGCAGCAAAGGGGCUGGAGUCAAAUGCGACAGUGUAUACAAGUGUGAUUGCAUUGCUGUGCAAUAAAGGGCAGGUUUCAGAUGCUUUGAGGGUGGUAGAGGACAUGACGAUGCAUGGGGUGGUGUUGGAUGCAGUGGUGUUUACAACUGUAAUGAGUGGAUUUUGUAGCAAGGGUGAUUUGGCAGCUGCAAGAAGGUUGUUCGAAGAGAUGCAGAAGAGAGGGUUGGCCGCUGAUGGGGUGACAUAUACCGCGCUUAUCAAUGGUCUUUGUCGGGCUGGGGAGUUGAAAGAGGCAGACAGAGUACUUCAGGAGAUGGUGGACAAGGGAUUGGAUGUUGAUGUGGUCACAUAUACAGCACUCAUUGAUGGGUACUGCAAAAGAGGGAACAUGGUGGAAGCCUUCCGAGUUCACAAUGAAAUGGUGCGGAGAAGAGUGGCACCAAAUGUGGUGACAUACACGGCUCUGUCUGAUGGACUGUGCAAGCAGGGGGAUUUGCGUGCUGCUAAUGAGCUAUUGCAUGAGAUGUGCAACAAGGGGUUAGAGCUGAAUGUUUACACAUACAACUCCCUGAUCAAUGGCCUGUGCAAGUUUGGCAAUCUGGAGCAGGCCAUGAGGAUCAUGACAGAGAUGGAAGCAGCCGGACUUAGACCAGAUGUUUAUACAUAUACAACUCUUAUAGAUACGCUCUGCAAGUCAGGAGAGUUUGACAGGGCUCACAGCAUGUUACAGGAAAUGUUAGAUAAAGGAAUUAAGCCUAGUAUUGCGACUUACAAUGUUCUAAUGAAUGGUUUUUGCAUGUCAGGUAGGGUAGAAGGAGGAAAAAAGCUGCUCGAGUGGAUGCUGGAGAAGAACGUCCGCCCAAAUGUUGUAACUUAUAAUUCUCUUAUGAAGCAGUGCUGCAUUGACAAGAACAUGAAAUCUACCACUGAGAUUUACAAGGGGAUGCAUUCUCAGGAGGUGGCUCCAAAUGAGAACACAUACAAUAUAUUGAUCAAGGGGCACUGUAAGGCAAGAAAUAUGAAAGAGGCACUGUAUUUCCAUCAUGAAAUGAUAGAGAAGGGAUUUAGACUCACAACAAGCUCUUAUAGUGCUCUUAUAAGAUUGCUGAAUAAAAAGAAGAAAUUUUCUGAGGCAAGAGGGUUAUUUGACGAGAUGCGAAAGGAGGGUUUGACAGCUGAACCAGAUGUUUACAGUUUUUAUAUUGACAUCAGUUUUAAUGAGGAUAAUUUGGAGUCGACCAUUACACUUUGUGAUGAACUGGUGGAAGCCAGUCAUGUAAAAUCUAAAGCUGGCACAAACUAAGACUUUGCAAAGGAGCAUACGCAUCAGAACGUGAUUUUGGGAUGUGAUAGCAGCGGUAUCCUAGUUUUUUCAGAAUUGACAAUAUGUGAGACGAAAACAGACUCACGAAAAGCACCAUCCUUUAUGCCAUCCUAAACUAGCAAUUGAGAAUGAUGAUAGUCUCCUUUCUACGGCCACCUUGAUAUUCCCUUGUAAGCUGUGGAGGUAUAUAUGUGGGAUGCGCACUGAGGUGUUUAUGCACUUUUGCAAGGAGAAACGGUUUCUAUCUUCAUCAAUUGUCAAGCAACAAGGACAGUGAUCAGGCAAGCAGUGAGUGGAUAAAUCUGGUAGGGGAGUGUGCAGGGCUUCACUCAAUUGGUAAGCAAUUUCUGCUGAUGCUGCCGUGAUGGAAAGAUGGACCUGGAAAGAGAUAGGAGAAGCCAAGACAAUAAGUAUGCACGAGUGCAUCCAUUAUAGGGUGGAAAGGAAGGAGUAACCUCUGUCGGUAUUAAUGAAUAACUCUUUGGAAGAUAACAUUGAGAACUCAUUUGAGCUCUUUGUUCUACCCAUGAAAUCAAAAGGCAGAUGUAGUUCUUUGUUUUCACACUCGAUUCCUUCACCAGUGUUGAUGAUAGGAUCCAGCCCUGCUUAACUGAGCACUGACUUUGGUGUCCAUCGUCGUCACAUAACCACAGUCACAUUGGUGAUAUAACAAAAUAUGGGAGGAGAAGGUUCUUUGAGAUGCUUGAAAUCAUGUUUGUUUAGCUGAUAGCAUCAGGACAGAACAAGAUUCGACCUUGUGCUGCCACAAUGGUAAUUGGGCAAAAUAUACUCUCUCCGUCCCAAAAUUCUUGUCUUAUAUUUGUCUAGAUACGGAUGUAUCUAACACUAAAAUGUAACUAGAUACAUCUGUAUUUAGAUAAAUCUAAGACAAGAAUUUUGAGACGGAGGGAGUAGUUGAUAUGUGCAUUGUAAGAAUCAAUUUGUUGUGUAUGAAAGUCCUAUGUAUAUUUAUAUACUAUAUAGAGAAAAAAGAGCAAGAAAAUGCAAACGGAGCCUCAGGCUCAAGCUA